AUGACUCGCCUUCCUCCCGACCCUUACAAGAUUCUCGGCGUUUCCAAGGACGCCCAGAUGCCCGAGAUCCGGUCGGCCCAUCGCAAGCUCGUCCUGAAGUGCCACCCCGACAAGAUUCAAGACCCCAACCUCAGAGCCGAGAAGCAGAACGAGUUCCAGACGGUCCAGCAGGCGUACGAGCUGCUCUCCGACGACCGCGAGCGCCAAAAGUACGACGACCAGGUCAAGCUCGCCGAGCUGCGCAAGCAGUUUCAGACCAAGGCCAACGUCUCCAGUCCCCGCUCGCCGAAGGAGUACGACGUCUACUCGGCCGAACCCUCGCCGCGCUCGACGACGAGGACGAGCCGGGCCUCGCCGCCUCCCUUCUCCCAGCCAUACUACUCAAGGUCCUGGGAGGAGGAGCUCGGCCGCGGGCCCCGCAUCUUUGACGCCGCGCCGCCUCGGUCGUCGAGACGAGACUCCAGCUAUUCCGACCGACCGUCGAAGCGGGAGGCGGAGCGCGAGCGCGAACGCGAGCGAGAUCGAGAGCGAGAGCGCGACAAGGACAAGGAUCGCGAGCGCCGGCGGAAGGCAGAGUCGGACGGGGCCAAACGUUCGGACAAGGAGCAGCGCCGCGCGGAGAAGAAGCUCCGGGAGAAGCAGCGCGACAAGGACAUCAGGCGGGAGACGGAGGAGAAGAAGCGACAUGCCAAACCGUACAUCGAGUCGUUCGAGGAGGAGCUGACGCCCAAGUCGGAGAGGAAGAAGUCGAGCGGCAAAAAGUACGACGAGAAGCGCGACCGAUCGUCGGGCCGCGAGGACGCCACGACGGCCCGGCCGCCGCCGCAGCGGUCCUACUCUUCGUCGCAGGCGGGACCGAUACCCGCGUACCUGGCCUACGCCCAGUCGUACAUCGAGGCGUCGAGGGCAAAGACGGCACCGACCCUCCAGCGGUCCGCCACGUACCACGCGCGGAACCAACCGCCGGCGGCUCCCACGCCGCCGCCGCUGGCGACGCAAUCCUCGCUCUUCGGCGCCCCCGACGAGGAUGUGCGCCGGUCCUCGGCUCGCCCCCGACGAGCCUCGGGCGACGGCCCCUGGCUGUCGAGGGAGCGUUGCUAUCGCCCCUCGUCGAUGGAGCCGGCGGACGAGCCGAUCGUCUUGACGGCGUCGCCCACGGCCCGCCACGCCGGCCUCUUCCAACCGUCGACGCCCCCCAUCCUGCCCGACUCCCCGCCCCGACGGGAUCUGCCUCGCACCAGCACGAUGCCGGCGGACCCGUCCUACGGCCGACCGAGGCCUUCCAUCUCCCGAGCGCAGACGUUUGGCGGCUACGGCGAGGCCACGCCGCGCGGGCGCGACCGCUCGCGCAUGCACCCCCAGAUCCCCGAGGAGUCCGACUCGGACGACGGCUACGACCGCCGGGCCGGCGAGCACAACCGGAAGCAGCGAAGCGGCCGGCGGACGACGCGCUCUCCCGAAGUGCUCACGCCGCGGCCCGACAACGUGUCCCGCUAUCAAGUCGACGGCGGGCGCGCCAAGCUGCACAGCUCCUACUCGCGCCGGCUCGAGCCCGAGCUGGACCCGUACCACCGGUACUACACCGAGAGGGGCAUCCCCAUCGUCGAGGCUCGUCCUCCCAUGGCCCGCGGCAGCAGCUACAGCUCGGGCAUGAAGUUUCCCAAGGUCAAGACGUCCAAGGUCUACGGCCACGAGGAUGUGACGUACGGCAACGUUUACUACGACAAGACGAGCCACGAGGGGUACGCAUACGCAUGA